GCUAAAAUUUGAUACUUCUAUUUCUUCAGUUUUUUUUUUCGAAUAUUAAAAAAAAUAAAAACUUAAGAAGCUAAAAGCUCGAAGAAAAACCCCAAUUUUCUUUUUCUUAAUUGAAGCUAGGGUUUUUCUUAAUCGAGUCCAGUGUUUGUUGUUUCUUUGAUCCUCUGAGAAUUUUGGAUCUGAUCUGGAUGAUCGGAUUUUGGCGGGGAAGUGGUUGAUUUUGUGGUUUUAGAGAGAUCGAGAUGAUUUCUUUACAGAACGGACCUCGGGUUGCCGCUCAGCUCGGCUCGGCGUCGGCUUCAGUGGCUCGGGACGAACCUGGCUUCCAGGUGAAGCUUGAACCAUCAUCGUCUUCGCUGAGUUUGGUGCCUUUUAAGAGCCGUGAUUCUCACCAUGAAGUUGAUGAAGACAUGCACUUGGCCCUUUCUCAUCAGUUGUACAAGGCUGGCAACUAUAAACAGGCACUGGAACAUAGCAAUACAGUUUAUGAGAGAAGUCCACUUCGUACUGAUAAUCUACUUCUUUUGGGUGCUAUUUAUUACCAGUUGCAUGAUUAUGAUAUGUGCAUUGAGAAAAAUGAGGAAGCUCUUCGACUUGAACCACGUUUUGCCGAGUGUUAUGGAAACAUGGCGAAUGCUUGGAAGGAAAAGGGUGACAUUGAUCUUGCAAUUCGUUAUUAUUUGAUUGCCAUUGAGCUCCGACCCAAUUUUGCUGAUGCUUGGUCAAACUUAGCUAGUGCAUACAUGCGAAAAGGGCGGCUUAAUGAGGCAGCGCAGUGCUGUCGGCAGGCGCUAGCAUUGAAUCCUCUAUUGGUUGAUGCUCAUAGCAAUCUUGGGAAUCUAAUGAAGGCACAAGGGUUGGUGCAAGAAGCAUACAGUUGUUAUCUUGAGGCUUUACGCAUACAACCAACUUUUGCUAUUGCAUGGUCAAAUCUUGCUGGUCUCUUCUUGGAGUCUGGUGACCUUAACAGAGCUCUUCAAUAUUAUAAGGAAGCUGUAAAGCUCAAGCCUACAUUUCCCGAUGCCUACCUAAACCUUGGAAAUGUUUAUAGGGCAUUGGGAAUGCCCCAAGAGGCCAUUGUGUGUUACCAGCGAGCUGUUCAGACCCGGCCAAACUAUGCGGUAGCUUUUGGAAAUUUGGCCAGUACGUAUUAUGAACGAGGUCAACUGGAUUUGGCAAUUCAUCACUACAAGCAAGCUAUUGCCUGUGAUGGAAGAUUUUUGGAGGCUUAUAAUAAUUUGGGUAAUGCUCUAAAAGAUGUUGGUAGAGUGGAGGAAGCAAUCCAAUGUUAUAAUCAAUGCCUUGCGUUACAACCUAGCCACCCACAAGCACUCACCAACCUUGGGAAUAUAUAUAUGGAAUGGAACAUGGCAUCUACUGCUGCUUCAUAUUAUAAGGCUACAUUGGCUGUCACAACAGGGCUAUCUGCUCCUUUCAAUAAUCUUGCUGUAAUUUAUAAACAACAGGGAAAUUACGCGGAUGCUAUAUCUUGCUACAAUGAGGUUCUCCGCAUUGAUCCCUUGGCAGCUGAUGGACUUGUAAAUAGGGGCAACACAUACAAAGAAAUUGGUCGAGUAAGUGAUGCGAUUCAGGACUAUAUACGCGCUAUCACUAUACGGCCAACUAUGGCUGAAGCACAUGCAAAUUUGGCUUCAGCUUAUAAAGACAGUGGACGUGUGGAGGCUGCUGUGAAGAGCUAUAGACAGGCAUUGCUUCUUCGACCAGACUUCCCUGAAGCCACUUGUAACCUUCUGCAUACUUUACAGUGUGUAUGUUGUUGGGAGGAUCGCGAUAAGAUGUUUUCGGAAGUUGAAGGGAUUAUCCGGAGGCAGAUUACUAUGUCUGUCCUCCCUAGUGUGCAGCCUUUUCAUGCUAUUGCCUAUCCCAUUGAUCCAAUGCUAGCUCUUGAUAUCAGCCGUAAAUAUGCAGCCCAUUGCUCCAUAAUUGCAUCUCGAUUUGGACUUCCUCCAUUCAACCAUCCUCCUCCAAUUCCUAUAAGGCGCGACCGUGGAAGUGAGAGGCUUAGGAUUGGUUAUGUGAGCAGUGACUUUGGUAAUCACCCUUUGUCACACCUUAUGGGAUCUGUUUUUGGCAUGCACAACAGAGAAAAUGUGGAGGUUUUCUGCUAUGCAUUGAGUCCAAAUGAUGGUACUGAAUGGAGGCAGCGUAUCCAGUCUGAAGCUGAGCACUUUGUAGAAGUUUCUGCAAUGUCAGCAGAUAUGAUUGCCAAACUGAUUAAUGAGGAUAAAAUACAGAUCCUUAUCAACCUUAAUGGCUAUACCAAGGGUGCCAGAAAUGAAAUAUUCGCUAUGCAACCUGCACCCAUCCAAGUGUCAUACAUGGGAUUCCCUGGGACAACAGGGGCUACAUACAUUGAUUACUUGGUUACUGAUGAGUUUGUUUCUCCUACACGCUACUCACAUAUUUAUUCAGAAAAGCUUGUUCACAUGCCCCAUUGCUACUUCGUGAAUGAUUACAAACAGAAAAACCUGGAUGUCUUGGAUCCAACAUGCCAACACAAGCGAUCAGAUUAUGGUCUCCCAGAAGAUAAAUUUAUAUUUGCAUGCUUUAACCAAUUGUACAAGAUGGAUCCUGAAAUCUUUAAUACUUGGUGCAACAUCCUCAAACGUGUACCCAACAGUGCGCUUUGGCUACUUAGGUUCCCAGCUGCAGGCGAAAUGAGACUCCGUUCAUAUGCUGUCUCGCAAGGGGUGCAACCAGAGCAAAUCAUUUUCACUGACGUUGCCAUGAAACAAGAACAUAUUAGGCGCAGUGCUUUAGCAGAUCUAUUCCUCGACACGCCGUUGUGUAAUGCACAUACCACAGGGACAGAUAUUUUAUGGGCAGGUUUACCAAUGGUAACACUGCCUCUUGAGAAAAUGGCUACAAGGGUUGCUGGAUCACUGUGUCUGGCCACUGGACUUGGGGACGAGAUGAUUGUUAGCAGUAUGAAGGAAUAUGAAGAGAAAGCAGUGUCCCUGGCGUUGAAUCGACCGAAGCUUCAGGCUCUUACCAAUAAACUGAAGGCAGUCCGUAUGACUUGUCCUCUUUUUGAUACACCCCGAUGGGUCCAAAAUCUGGAAAGGGCAUAUUUCAAAAUGUGGAAUAUCCAUUGCUCGGGCCAGCAGCCCCAACACUUUAAAGUAACCGAGGAUGAUUCUGAGUUCCCAUAUGAUAGAUAAAAUGGGGGAGAGAAUAGACGGCAUUGUAGAUAAAAAGCAAGAGGAAUUGAUAGAUUAUUUAGAUUAAGAUUAUAUGAGGAAUACAAUGGGUUUCAAAAUUAUUCAGACAAUGAAAUUGUGAUGUGCUUGUUGUAAUCAUUAAUAUUAAUAUUAAUGGAGAAGAAGAAAUAUUGAUAUC